AACUGCCCACGCUGCCAUGCUUGUGUUUUUGUUAUUGUUGAAGGUGGCAAGCUUCGUAGAGUAGCUGACACAUUGAGGGCAAGUUGACAGCCGAACGCUUUGUUACCUUUUAGUUAACAGUAGUGGUAUUAUUCUUUAAAAUCCUUUAUUUCGUAUAAUCUAUGUCAUUUUCAUUCACUUGGAAAUCUGCCUAGUAGUAAAGGUGGUUACGUCCAAACUGUUUUGUCGUCAUGGAGAAGUUGUGGAAGGUGGAGUUUCGGAAUGUGGGGCGGAGCUACUUCCCACAGAGCCGGGUAGAGUGCCACUACAGCUUCAGUGCACAGCACAGCUGGGCCAGCUGUGACUGGAUCGGACUCUUCAAGGUCGGUUGGUCUUCGCUGAGGGACUACCACACCUUCGUUUGGGCUCUCGCUCCAGCGAACUACACGGAGGGAAGCAAUGUCAACUGCUGCGUGCAUUUCCAAGCCUCGUACCUGCCCAGGCCCGGCCCGGCCGAGUACCAGUUCGUGUAUGUGGACGGGGCGGGAGAGGUGUGCGCCCGCAGUGCCCCGUUCUCCUUCUGCGCCCCCAAGCCUCUGGACGACCUGGUCACCCUGGAGCAGGGGCAGCACGGAGACGGGGACGAGGAGUGCGAGGACAUCCUGCUGGUCGUUCCCAGGGCAGAGCUCCUGCAGAGUCGGUUGGAGGAGUGCCUUCGGGAGAGGGCUGCGCUCCUCCAGGCCAGGGAAGCGGAGGAGCGGAAGAUGAAGAGAGAGCAGGAGACGAGAGAGGGGGCGGAGGAGGUGUGGCAAAGGGCGCGGGUGGAGCUGGAGAGCCAGGUCGUCGACCUGAAGGAGAAGCUCCGACAGAACAAGGAAGAGACGGAGAGCCUGGAGGAGAAGCUGCAGAACGGCCAUUCGUCUCUGGAGGCCGUGACCGCUGAGAGGGACGGCCUAUUGGCCGAGAGGGCCCAGAGCCAGCAGCGAAUCAGAGAGCUGGAAGAUGACAUCAAAGCUCUGAGGCAAAGGGGGCUGGAGACGGACGGCGAGCUGGAGAAUGGUGAAUCAUUUCUCUGUAGGAUGAAAGAGAGAGUGAAAAAGAUGUCAAUGCAAAGGAGGGAUGAGGAGGAGGAGAAAAAGAGCCUGCAGAUGGAGACGGAGGCGGCCCUGGGCGAGCUGCGGUGCGCGCGGGAGCGUCUGGACGCCGGCGAGCGCACGGUGGAGGGCCUGCGGGCGGAGCUGAGCGACAUGGCGGCGCAGCGGGACCGCGGGCAGGCCGAGCUCCACCAGGCCCGCCUCCAGGCCGCCCAGCUCACGCUGCAGCUGGCCGACGCCGGCCUCGCCCUCAGGGAGGGCCGGGCCAGCUGGGCCCAGGACAGGGAGGCCCUGCGCCACAACGCAGAGAUGGACAGAGAGAGGGUGCAGAAACUGAGCCGAGAGGUGCAGAGGAAGGAGGAGUGGCUGCAGGAGGAGAGGAUGGAGAGAGAGAAGGUGGAGGCGGAGCUGGGGAAAGAGAGGGACUGCAACCGGGUUCAGCUGGGCGAGGUCCGGAGGGAGCUCCACGAGCUGAGAGCUAGCUUGUAUGAGGUCCAUAGAGAGAAGGACCGGAACCUUCUGGAGAAACAGGACCUGAUGGGGUACAUCCGUCAGCUGGAGCAGAGGCUGGAGGCGGUGGCCGACGCCAAGUGGAGCGAGGCGGCGCUGAACGCCAGCUCUCGCCCCAGUAGUCCCUCUGGCAGCUCUGAGGAUGAGAACCCCGAAGCUCUGCAGGCGCCCCGCCCCGCCGGCCAACUGGUCACCUACAGCCUGUGCAGCCCCCCCGAGCAGGAGGCCCUGCUGUUUCCCAUGGCUGCCUCGCCCCCCAGAGAUCCGCCCCGAGGGCAGGUCGUCAUCAGCCAGCCGGCCCCCGUCUCCUCGCCGCGGCAACCGGAGGACGACACCCUAACGCAUAGCUCAGAGUCGGAGGGGGAGGAGCAGGAGGCGGGCCAGUCCGGCAGCCAGAGCUCUGAGGAGGAGACCGCCCUGCUGCUGCCAGAUCACAAGGGCACCAUCUUCAGUGAGCUUGCAGACUCCCCGAUGUGGUGAGACGUUGGGGCGCAAGAGGAACUGUCCGCCUGAGGCGAAGGAAAUACUGCCUGUUGCAUACCGAUACAAGAACUACCUAUGCAAUAUUGAUACGGAAUGCUUCUUUUUACAUGUAUGGACUUUUAACCGCAGUAGAACCUGUACAAUUUGUACGUGACAUUAUAUCCCAACAGCCUUUAGUAUUCACCCCAAAAUAUGUGAUUGCAAAAGUUACAGACACAUACAGUAUGCAGGUGCGUGCCUCUUACUGAGGGGCAGACGAACAAGUAAAAGCGAUCAUUUAGUUGGUUUUAAUCCGUUUCGUUUUUUUUUAUAACAGUGAGACUGAGUGUGAAAUGUUGUGGAUGUGUAUCUGAUUUUUCUGAAUUUGUUUUUGUUUUCAAAGGGGUUUCAAACCUGAUUUGAACUUAAUCUCACUCUAGCACACACACGGAUAAGCAAAUGUUGUGAUUUCAGUGUGGUAACCACUGAGCUGAGCGCUUUUCACACUGAAAGCAGUGAUGUCCAUCUCCCUUUCCCCAUUGAUUUGGUGUGGCCGUUUUCCCUCGCUUUGUGCCAUUGGCCCUGACCGUAGAACAGCCCUUUGUGACAUCAUGUGUUGCGCUUGCUCUUGCACGUGCUCAGUGCGCCGCUGAACAUUAGCUGACGCGAUGGUGAAGAACAGCAGGUUUGAACAGGCCCAAAUAUCAGACAAAAUGGAGCUCAGUCAGCACUUUGCUGUGCUCUGCAGUUACUUUUAAUGAUUUUAUGAACCAUUAAAAAAUGGUUGGGGGGGGGGGGGGGGGGGGGGGGGGGGGGGAGCGGGCUGGCAUUUAAAAGUCUUUGCACUUGAUUUGAUCACAUUUUUCUGAGCGUUCCUUCUAGUUUUCCAGUCUACCCUUCCCAGACACCUGCCUUCCCCUUCAGAGCUGAUGUGUCUGCAGUUAUUAAUUGCAUUCUUCUGGAUAGAUAUGAAAUAUCAAAUAUUUCCCCCCCCGAUCAUUUUUCUAGCUGAUUCCUGCUUUCGGGUGAACAAUGUGCUGACAGUGAAAUGAUCACAUGGGGUUCUUUUGGGGUUAGUGUUUAUCCUGAUUAGUAAUACUGUCAAAGACUUUGUUUUCUUAUCCUUUCAAAAACUGGUAAUUAUUCUUACACAAAAUUGAUCACUGCAACAACAAAAAAACAAAUCAUAUCUAUUAUAUUAUAUUUUAUAAUUACAUACAUUGGUAAGGAGCUACGCGAUGUGACAUAUUUGAAACUGAAUAUGAAUUUUGCACCUCUCUGAUACCGGUGUGGGACAGAGGUUCAGGUCCUGAGUCAGUAUUACGUUAAUCUGUUCUGUUGUACUGUACUGUUAUGUACUGCAGUACAUUGUACUCUGCUACUGUGCUGUGCUACCGUACUGUAGUAAAGUAUGUGCAAUUGUACUGUCCUAUUAUGCUCUGCUACAGUACUAUACUACUCCGUACUAUUGUACUGUGCUAUUGUCUAUAUACUACAGUACUGUACUAGAGUCUGGACUAUUGUACUGUGCUAUUCUGCUGUGCUACAGUACUGUACUAAAGUCUGUACUAUUGUAUCCAGUUCACAUUUGGGAAGUGAUGUCAGAGUUGUUUUUCCUGGGGCUGUUCCAUUCGGUUUUCCGUUUUCCUAAAUAACAGAAGAUCUGCAAAGAUUUUUGUAUAUUCAUCAUAGCUAUUGCCCGAGUGUUACAUUGCUUUAAGUCAGUACUCUGCCCUCACACAAAAUGCAAUGAUAUUGUGAUAGAGAGAAUGCAUGAAGAGAGAAUUUUAGGAUUAUUUUUGGAAGUUAAUUAUGGAAGAGAGAAUAAGGACAAUUAAACACUGUUUAUACUA